AUGACGAUUGACGAGGAGAAAGGCUUCCCGCCUACAACGGCGAUGAUGACCUCCAAAGCCUUUGACGGUGAAAAGGGCUUCGAGACCCUUUCUGGCCCGUCCUCGGAGGAUUCUCCUCAGCUAUACAACAAUACCCCAGUCCACCAAGACAAUGGUAUCCUCUCCAAGCUGCGCCGGCUGGAAGCUCGCAUGGACGAGAAACUGGGAGUCGAAAGCGAGGCCAUCGAUCGUAAACGACCCGAAGACAAGAAGCCCGUGCCCUGGCAUGAGCAGCUCACCAUGGCUCUUCUCUGGGCCAGUGGCACCAUGAACACGUCUUGCUUCGCCACCGGGUUCUUGGGUUGGGAGUUUGGCUUGAGUCUCAAACAAUCUAUCCCCAUCUACAUCUUAUCGUCCAUCCUGGGAGGGGCUGUGACUGGCUACUGCGCGACAUUCGGCGCCGCGACGGGCCUGAGACAGAUCUCCGUCUCGCGGUAUAGCUUCGGAUGGUACCCGAACAAGAUCAUCGCGGCCCUCAAUACCGUUCAACAAAUCGGCUGGGCUGCCGUGUCGUGCAUCACGGGUGGAUUGGCUCUCAACGCCGUGGCCGACGGGCAUGUCUCCCUUGCCGUGGGAAUCGUCAUUUUGGCCAUUGUGGCGCUCGCCAUCUCCUUUGUCGGCCUCAAUGCCAUUUUAGUGUAUGAGCGCUACGCCUGGCUCAUCUUCUUCGUCAUCUUCAUGAUCAUCUUCGGGGAGACGGGCAAACACGCCGACAACACGACCCCGUCGUCCCUGCACGGCGCUACCCUGUCGGGCACCGCCCUCUCACUUGUCGCUAUCGUCUAUGGCUCCUCGGCUUCGUGGUGUACCAUGGCGUCCGACUACUAUGUGCACUACCCAGCCACCGUGUCGCGGGUCAAGGUCUUCUUGAUGACCAUGUUUGGCAUCAGCAUUCCGACGUCGAUCGGCAUGGUCGCGGGCUCCGUGGUGGCGUCGGCGCUCAACAACAAACCCACCUGGCAGGACGCGUACGAGAACCAGGGACUUGGCUUCUUGAUCCAGGACAUGCUGCAUCCGCGCGGCUUCGCCAAGUUCCUGCUCGUGCUCCUCGUGCUGUCGGGGAUCAACACCAACGUCAUCUCCAUCUACUCAGCGGCUAUUUCGUGCCAACAGUUUGCUCGGCCCCUUGCCCGGAUUCCCCGCUUCAUCUGGACGUUUCUGUGCUUCGCCGCCAUCCUGGGCCUCGCCCUCGGCGGCCGUGAGAAACUUAAUACGUACCUGGUCAACUUCCUCUCUCUUCUCGGUUACUGGUGCACCUCGUACUUUGUCAUCCUCUUCUCCGAGCACGUCUUCUUCCGCCGCCGCAACUUUGCAAACUACGACCUCGACGCCUGGAACGACCCAGCCAGACUGCCCCACGGCAUCGCCGCGUUCGCUGCAUUCGGCCUCGGCGUCGUCGCCUGGUGCAUGGGUAUGGUCGAGACCUGGUACACGGGCCCUCUGGGCAAAUUGAUUGGUGAUUUCGGCGGCGACGUAGCCAAUGAGUUUGCCUUUGUCGUCACCGCCGUCGUCUAUACCCCUGCGAGAGCACUCAAUGUGGACUACGUUAGCAUUCUCAUGAAUAAAGCUGGUAAGAGCCAAACCCGGCCUAUACCGAUGCAAAAGUUUGAAGACUUCUGGGGAUUGGUGGAGGGGGGACUCUUGAACUCUCAACCGUUGAUCUGUGCGUGGCAAGUCCUUCCAGGCACGUGUGCUCGCAAGAGCGGUGUCGUUAUAUCCAUCGCAUCUCGAGCAGCGACUGUGGACGUUCCCUUUGGGAUAGGGUAUGCUGCCGACAAGACUGGUCUUGUUCGCGCCAUCGCUAGCUUACAAGCGGAGCUGGAAAUUGACGGCCUGGGCGAGGUUGUCCACACCUACGCUCUGCAUCCUGGUGGCGUCAAAACCACCAUGGGGGGAUCUAACAGCGACCCGGAUGUUGUGGCCAAGUAUCCCCGACUUGACAGAUCUCGACCGGCCUUUCAAGCCCUCUUCAAGGACAAACCGGAACUUUGCGCUCACACAUGCGCAUACAUCUCCACGGGUAAAGCCAAAGAUCUUCGCGGCCUAUACAUUGACUGUCGACAAGACCUUGGCCGCUUGCUCGAGGCCGGGCGAGAGUCGCUGCUCAAGAAUGAUCUUUACUGCCUCAAGGUCGGCUUCCUAGAUGGAUACUCGAACGAACCGUAA